UGCUGUUACAUUUCCCAGAAGAAAUCUAAAGAUGAUCCAGAUGAACACGUAGAGCCUGCCCCAUUAGCACGUAUCCUUAAGUACAACCAACCAGAAUGGCCCUACAUGCUCCUGGGCGCACUGGGAGCUGCCGUCAAUGGCUCUGUCAGUCCUAUCUAUGCAGUCCUCUUCAGCCAAAUUCUAGGGACAUUUGCCAUUCCUGACCUGAACGAGCAGAGGAGGCAGAUUGAUGGGAUAUGUGUUCUGUUUUGCCUCCUGGCAGUGUGUAGUUUCUUUUCGCACUUCCUUCAGGGAUAUUCUUUUGCCAAGUCUGGGGAGCUGUUGACUUGCCGUCUGAGGAAACUGGGCUUCCAGGCCAUGUUGAGACAGGAGAUGGCCUGGUUUGAUGAGCCCAGAAACAGCCCUGGAGCUCUGACAACAAGACUGGCUACAGAUGCAUCCAUGGUCCAGGGGGCAACAGGCUCUCAGAUCGGCAUGAUUGUCAACUCGCUGACCAGCAUUGGAGUAUCUUUCAUCAUUGCCUUCUACUUCAGUUGGAAGUUAACACUGGUUAUUAUGUGUUUCCUGCCGCUCAUCGGACUGGCUGGGAUGCUCCAAGCUGAAAAACUGACAGGUUUUGCAAGUGAAGAUACAAAGGCCAUGGAGGCAGCAGGUCAGGUGUCCAGCGAAGCUCUCACCAACAUCAGGACCAUCGCAGGGUUGGUCAAAGAGAGUACAUUUGUGAACUUAUAUGAAGAGAAACUGGAGCAUUCAUAUAAAUCAGCCAAAAAGACAGCCAACAUAUACGGAAUCUGCUUUGGCAUUGCCCAGUGUGUAAUCUUCAUGGCAUAUGCUGCUUCAUUUCAAUAUGGAGGCUAUUUGGUCGCCUCUGAGGGGCUACAAUACAUGUUGGUUUUCAGAGUGAUUUCAGCUGUUGUAAUUAGUGGAACGGCACUUGGAAGAGUAUCCUCCUUCACAUCAGAUUACGCCAAAGCGAAGACUGCUGCGGCUCAGUUUUUUAAUUUGUUGGACAGAAUUCCUAAAAUUAGCUUAAGCCACACAGAUGGAGACAAAUGGGAUAACUUCAAAGGAGAAAUAGAGUUCAACAACUGCAAAUUCACGUACCCAACGCGACCAGACACACAGGUGCUGAAAGGCCUGAUGGUGUCUGUGAAACCGGGCCAGACUUUGGCCUUUGUUGGUAGCAGCGGUUGUGGUAAAAGUACCAGUGUGCAGCUGUUGGAGAGAUUCUACGACCCAGAUGAAGGAGUAGUGAUGAUUGAUGGCUACUCAUCUUGUGCAGUCAAUGUGCCAUUUCUGAGAGCUCAGAUUGGUAUCGUAUUCCAAGAGCCAGUUCUGUUUGACUGCAGCAUUGCUCAGAACAUACAGUACGGUGAUAAUACACGCGUCAUCAGCAUGGGCGAGAUUAUUGAGGCUGCCAAGAAAGCCUACCUGCACGACUUUGUGAUGACCCUACCAGAUAAAUAUGAGACUCAGGUUGGUGCUCAGGGCUCCCAGCUGUCACGAGGGCAAAAACAACGCAUUGCCAUUGCUCGAGCCAUUGUCAGGAACCCCAAAAUCCUGCUGCUAGAUGAGGCUACAUCUGCUCUGGACACAGAGAGUGAAAAGACUGUCCAGUCUGCUCUGGAUGAAGCAAGAAAAGGACGAACCUGCAUCGUUAUUGCUCAUAGACUCUCUACGAUCCAGACUGCUGACAUUAUAGCAGUGAUGUCAAAUGGUGUUGUCAUAGAACAAGGCACACAUGAAGAACUUAUGGCCAUAAAAGGUGCUUAUUAUAAACUGGUAACAACAGGUGCUCCUGUUAGUUAAGUGUUUGCACAUCACUGAGUGGCAUAUAAAAGUGACAUUUUUGAUUGUUAGUGUGAU